CUUUUUUUUUUUUUUUUUUUUUGCCUGUUUAAGAACUUUGUAUAUCAUUAUCCGUGUAUGAUGCAAAUUAAUUUUUUCGAACUACAUCCAGUCACAACAUUUUUUGCAUUCUGCACAGCAGCAGAAGCUAUUUCAUUUCACAUGAUAUUCACGAAAAUGCAUAAUCGAACUCAGACAUUCCAAAGUGAUUGCGCCAUGAUUAAGAGAGGUUGCAUUCCUGGGGAAUCCCCUGUGGAAAUCUCUUGUUAUCAGCGCAGUAAUUGUAGAUCAUGUAGUUCUUCUGCGCCCAUUUCAUCCUUUCUUGGCCCGUGGUGUCCAUCUCCUCCGACAACCACUGUGAAGAAGAGGAAUCCGGAGUCGUUGACGCUGCUGCAGAGCAAGAAGAUUUGCCGUUGGUCCACACGCAGGCAUUGGCAUUGAAGCCGCGGUAGGAGGCUGUGAAUGGAGCGUUCGACCAAUCCGUCUUCACCAGCCCGCCCUUCGUAGCCCAGUCGUCGGCGUUCCACAGGCUGGAGUAAAUCCUCAUCGGCUGAUUCUUUGGGAACGCGACGCCGUUGCUAUCCAUGUUCUUGAACUCCCUGAUCGGAGUGCCAUCCACU